AUGGCGAAGGGAAAGAAAUUCGAUAAGAAGAAUGCGCAGCAUUUCACUCUCGUCCACCGACCGCAAAAUGACCCGCUCAUCCACGACGAAAAUGCGCCUUCCAUGGUGCUUAACCCGGUGCCUCAGAAGGGGGGAUCCUCCAAGGGAAAGCACCUGAGCGACCUUGCGUCUGAGCUUGGUUCCGACGCUGUGAGCAUACGAGAGAACGAGGGAGAGGCGGCAGAGUACGGCGUUUACUAUGACGAUACCCAGUAUGACUACAUGCAGCAUCUCCGCGACCUCAACUCUGGAGGCGGCGAGGCUGUCUGGGUUGAGGCUCCGGCGGCUGCUAACAAGGACAAGGGCAAGGGCAAGCAGACGUCACUCGAGGACGCUUUGCGCCAAAUGGACCUGGAGCACAAGAGCGAGGCUUUGCUGGAUGAAUCUGUCCUCCCCAACAAGAACCUGCAGCGAUCGACCUACCAAAACCAGCAAGAUAUCCCCGACGCCAUUGCUGGCUUCCAGCCCGACAUGGAUCCCCGAUUGCGUGAGGUUUUGGAGGCACUGGAGGACGAUGCGUACGUGGACGAGGACGACGAUAUCUUCCAAGAGCUGUCCAAGGAUUCACGUGAGAUCGACCAGUAUGAAUUUGAGGACCAGUUCGACUAUGACGACGAGGACGAGGGCUGGGAGUCGGAUGGCACUGCGAAGCCAAACAAGGAGUACAGGGACGAGAUGGUGCCUCAGCUGAUCCCGGUUGAAGGAGAGGCGCUGCCAGAGCACCAGAAUGAGGAUUGGUUGGAAGAUUUCAAACAGUUCAAGAAGGACCAGAAGGGCGGCAAGGUCCAGGAAAAGGCUGCCCCGUCUGAGAUGCAGUCAUCCAUCUGGACCACGACAACUAUGGGUGGUAGGAAGAAGAAGAGAAAGGGAGCCCUGACUAACCCCUCAGCCUACUCCAUGACCUCGUCAUCGAUGGUUAGGACAGAACAGCUCACUUUGCUCGACGCCAGAUUCGACAAGAUCGAGGAGGAGUACACAAGCGAAAUGGGUGGCGACGAUAUGGCCUCCGUCUCAGAAGUCUCAACGGCGACCAGCGUGGCCGGUCCUACUCGAAGUGAUUUUGAUAACAUCAUGGAUGACUUCCUUGGCAGUUACACAAAACCUGGAAAGCGUACGAGCAAAAAGAGCAGGCCACAGACUGGUCUUGAGCAGCUCGACGAAAUCAGGAAGGGACUGGGUCCGGCUCGCCUGCGGUCCAAGAAUUAUUGA